UCAAAAAAAAAAAACACCACAUGCUCAGAAAUGGAAAAUGACUGUUUAUUGAUGAUGAUGAUUAUGAUUAUAAUCCACAAGACAUGUACUUGUGAAGACGAAGAAGAAGAAGAAGAAGAAAAAGAAGAAAAAAUACUUUUUAUAACGUUUCCAUGGAUUAAAGAGAACGAGAGAGAAUCUGUAAAGGCAAAAAUAGAAAUAUAAAAUAAAGAUUUGUGAACAUAUAGAUCAUCAUCACACCAAGAAAAGUUUUUUGUCCUCUUCGCAAACUACAACAACAGCAACAACAACAGCAGCAGAAGCAGCAAUAAUUUGUUUACUUUAUUUUAAAGUGAUUUCCGAAUUUUUAUUUCUCUUGAAACAUUUCAUCAAGGUAAUCGAUCCUUUUAUUUGAAUUGUGAAAAAAAAACUAAAAAAUCGACCGUUACUCUACAACGAAAACGAAGAAAUGAUGUUGAUGAUGAUGAUGGUGAUACGUCGCUGAAUUUGAUGUUGCGCCAAAUGUGUUGUUUUCUCUUUCACUAGAAUAUUCUUUGUUAAUCAUUUGAGAAUUUUUUUUUCGUUAACGACGAAGUUUUUCAGAAAAAAAGUGCAAUUUUUUUUCAACGACGUAUUAUUCAUCCAGUAAAUUCUUCAGGAAAAAAAUUCAUAAAAUUUUAAAAACGAAAAAAAACAAUGCCUACACCUAUCGAUAAACAUAGUUCAAUAAUGGCUGACGAAACAUCUUCAACGUCUUCAUCAUCAUCAUCAUCAUCGUCAUCAUCUUCAACAUUGACCGCAUCAAUUGGAAAAUUAUUAUCAUCAUCAGUAUCAACGAAAUUUCAACAAAUUAUUGAACAACCAUUUGAAGAAGAUCCCGGUAUUAAUAUUGGUCAUAUAACAGUAUCACAUAAUGGCCAUGUAAUUAUGUUGUCUGGAUUCAAAGGUUAUAAGGAAAACUCUACGGCUUUUUAUCGGCCAUCCGAAGAGAUUUGGAUUUAUGAUCAAAUUGUAGAAAAAUGGAUUAAAAAAAUUUGUUCCACUGAAACUGGUGAUAAAGAUGAUAUGCCAUUAGAACGUAGUAAUGCAUGUGCAACAAUAAUCAAUGAUCAUCUUUAUAUGUUUGGUGGAUUCUCUGAAGAAGGCAAUCUAAAUACAUUAUAUCGAUUGAAUCUUUGUACAUUGAAAUGGUGUCGUAUAAAACCUAAUAAUGAUAAUGGUAGAUUAGAACCAUUACCUUGUGAUAAAAAUGUUUGCUGGGAAUAUGAUGAAAAAUUCUAUUUAUUCGGUGGUUAUGGUCCAGUACCACGUGUUUGGAAUGAAGAUUUUAAUUUUCAAUUUAUAUUUGAUACAUCAUCACAUUGGCAUUAUGUACGUGGUUGGAAUAAUCAAUUAGUUUGUUAUGAUCCUGAAAAGAAUUGUUGGGAAUGGCCCCAACACUAUGGUCAAAUACCAUCAGCACGUGCAGCAUGUGCAGCAUCAAAAAUUGGUGAUAAAAUUUUUCUAUUUGGUGGCCGCAUGAAUCGUGAACGUAUGAAUGAUAUGUACAUGUUAGAUAUGCCAACAAUGCAAUGGACGCAGAUACAACCAAAUAAUAUUGAACAUAAUGUACGUGGACGUUCAUGGCAUACACUUACACCGGUAUCUGAUCAAAUGUUAGUCCUAUAUGGUGGUUUUUCACAUGAUAAUCAACCACUGAAAGAUUGUUGGAUUUUCGAUACUCGUUCAUAUACAUGGCGUGAAAUUGUAUUACCAUUUGAAAAACCACGUUUUUGGCAUUCAGCAACAUUAUCAACAUUUGGUGAAAUAUUAGUACUUGGUGGUGCAACAAAAGAAUUGAUUAGUUCUUAUCAUCGAAAUCCUAAAUAUAAUCAUAUAUUUGCCAAAGAUAUGUUUACAAUAAAAUUUCAACCACAAUCAUUAUUUCGUCUUUGUUUAUCAACUAUUUCAACAAAUUUACAAUUAUCAGAACAAUUAUUUCAUAUAUUACCAAUCGAUAUAUUGGAAAUUGUUUUCAAACGUUGUCUCACCAAUCACAAUCGUUUACGAAUUAUUAAAUUACAGAAAAAUCAUCAUAACAGUAAUAAUAAUAACAAUGAUACAGAUCAAGAUGAUAAUGAUGAUGAUGAUGAACGAAUGAAAAAUUUGUAAAAAGUCAUAAAUCCUGACCAAAACAUGAUGUCAUGUCAUUUCAAUCAAUCAAUGACAAUAAACAAUGAAUUUGAAUAUAUACACACGAACACGCACACAUCACAUACCGGUGAUAUUUGAUCCGCGAAAAAAUUCCGGGAAUUCAAAAAAAAA